AUGGCUCCAACGUUUUUGCUGCUGGGAGUUUCGUUUUCCUUGAUUGCCGCUAUCGCUGUGGACAGACUUCUUGCUGUGUCUCUACAUCUAAGAUAUCAAGAACUUGUUACGGAGAAGCGAGUAACCAUCGGUUUGACGGUUAUAUGGUUUAACAAUAGUCUUCUUACAUUGACUUUUAUGAGCCUUCCCAGCCACAAUGACUUGGUCACGGUAACUUGUCUAACUGUUGGAUUGAUUUUGGUAACGGUAGUAUAUUUUCGUAUUUACCUAGUGGUGCGCUAUCAUCAAAAUCAAAUACAUGGCCAAAAUCAGAUUCAAAAUGGUCAAGCAAUGCAAGCUGCCAGAGCAAAGAAGUCAGCUUUGAACGCUUUGUAUGUCUAUAUCGUUUCCCUUGUUUGUUUCACACCAAACUUAUUGGCUGGUAUUCUGCUGGUAGUCGACAAUUCAAGCAUGCCUACUUUGGUAGCAUACAGUGCUUCUGUAUUUUUAGCUUUACUGAAUUCGUCUUUAAAUCCACUAGUCUACUGCUGGCGAUAUCGCGAGAUUCGUGAUACUGUGAAAAACACAGUGAAGAAGAUAUUUGAUAGGAAUUGA